UGUCAUAAAUAACCACACACAGCAGAUCAUCAGUCGGUGCAAAAUGUCGGACGGUAGUAAUGUUUCGUUCUCAACAACUCUCCAGUAUUUGGCACGCUCCCUGGCAAAAAUUACACCACCGCCAUGGCAAAGGGUAGAGCAGUUAAUGAAGAUGUGUCCCCAGCCUGUCUCAAUGGGAACAAAUAUUUGCAGAUUGGAUGUACGGAGACAGGAAGCCGUUAUUGCUUUAGGAAUAUACUUCUUAGAAUCGGAUUUGCAAUUUAAAGAUAAGAUUUUGCCAUAUUUGCUUAGUCUGUUGGCUGGACUACCAAAUGCAUUAUGGGUAGAACAAACAGUACAUACAACGAAUGACAGACUGCCUAUGAGUGAGCAGUUUAGUUUUUGUUUAAUGACAUUACUCUCUGAUGUUGCUUGGAAGGACCCCUCACUCAAAGAUCAGAUUGUAUCAUCACAAUUGGUGGUAUUUCAAUUAUUGGCUAAGAUGUGUCAACAGCCAGCUGAUCUUCAGCAAGUAAACCUGUGCAAGUAUGUGAUGCCAUCUUUCCUGGGAGUUGUUCGUGCUCUUGGAAGAUCAAGCUACGACAAUAAACCACUACUUAUCCAAAUGUUCCCAGAGACUAAGCCUUCUCACUUUACCCCGCAUGAACAAAACGAUGUCUUACAUUCUACCUUCAGUACAUUCCGACCAAUUAUCUCCGAGGCAAUGGCCAGACACUUUCCAAAGGAUUUCCAGUACAGUGGCUCAGUGAACUUGUCGCAAAGUGCGGAUUCCAAGCACACAGAACAUGAGAUACAGUGUAAGAGGUAUGGGUUUGAUCCCUGUACUCACCUGUUUACCUGUGUUGGAUCCAUGUUUAGGCCUGCAGUUGUCAUUCAUGGUGCUGAGACCAAGUCAAAAUUGACAUUGAGUAUUGCACAGUUACAAGCAGUACUCUCAGUGGCCAAGAAAAUGAUCUGCAAAGAUACAUGUAAACAGCUAGAUGACAUAGCUGCACAGUUUGUAAGUCAAUAUGGGCCUAGAGCUUUCCCUUACCAGUCAUUUAGUGAGGUCCUUCACUUGUGUAUUGUAGCACUCCUCAGACACUUACUGCAACAUCAAGAAGCUUUACCAGAGAGCUUCACCACAGAUAUCCAGUCAUUUGUCAAAGAUUUAUUCACGUCUGGACAGACGGAGCUUCAGGACCAAACGUUUGAGUCUGCAACAAAAUCAGUGUGCAACUUCAACUCAUUUGAUCUUCUUGUCCAAUGCAAUGCUGCGUGUGUUGAUCUAUUGGUGUGGGCUGCAAGUGAUGAAGUAGGGGCUGAUAGUUUAAUAGGUAGGCUCACAGAGAAGUUGAAUGCAGUGGCUAGUGGAAAGCAGCUAAUUGCCCACAUGCCCCUUCUAAUGUGCUGUCUGGAAGGGCUUGGAACUUUAGCUGAGAAAUUCCCAAUGUUAUCACACGCUACUACCAGUGCGCUUCGGGACUUCCUGCUGAAUCCAUCCAAGGUGCUUGUACGCUUGUUUAAGCAGUACUCUGUGUCUCUUAAGUCAACCAGUCCACAUAUUCAAGUCUCUGGUGGGAGCGGAGUAAAGGUUGAACUGAACAUGACGGAGAUGGACGGCUACAGACACACUAAGUCUCAAAAUAAUUUUGAGCGGUUAAGAGAUGCAGCAAUAUACAACCUAUGCAGAUCAUUGAAAGCUGGUCUAGAGGAUGAUCCUAAUUGUGUGCAGGCCUUCCUUGCUGCAGUGUCUAAUACACUCUAUCUGGCUGUCAACAGUGAUAACCGUGAGUCAAAUUUAAUCUCUAACAAUGCCAUCUUGACUCUCGGUCAUGUGGCUGUCGCUCAUCGGGACACACCUCGUGCGAUGGAAAGCAUCCAGCAAAUCUUACAGCAAAGGUUCUGCCAACCGCCCUCACAACUUGAUAACUUAAUUGUUGAUAUGCUGGGUUCUAUGGUGCUCACUGGACAUUACUUCAAUUCAUUUGAAAUCGGGUUCCGUCGGCCAUCGGUGGUAGAUGACACAGCCCGUAGAUUUUCACGUAGCCAGCGCAGAGAGUCUGCGGUCUACCAGGAUGUGAUGGGUAUGUUUAUUCAGAUAAGUGUUGAGGCAGGUUCAGUUACCUACUCUUCCGAAGAAUCAGAUAAGAUACAACGCUUCAGACACUGUUCUCUAGCUGUUAUCAACGUGCUAGCCAACAUUGCUGCUUGUCUACAAGGGGAAGCUGAACAGCAAGAAUUCCUCAUAAAACUACUAGAAUUAUUUGUUCAGCUAGGCCUAGAAGGCAAGCGUGCCAGUGAAAAAGCUCCAACUGCUGCAAAGGCCUCUAGCAGUGCUGGCAACCUUGGAAUUCUCAUCCCUGUACUGGCUACACUUUUGCGCCGUUUGCCGUUAAUCCAGGAUCCUAAGCAGAGGUUAAGUAAGCUGUUCCGUGACUUCUGGCUCUAUUGUGUUGUGAUGGGGUUUGCUGCUGAAGAAUCAGCACUUUGGCCAAGUGAAUGGUAUGAAGGGGUCUGUGAGAUAGCAAUCAAAUCUCCUCUUCUGACAUCCAGUGAAGGGGAACAUCUUGGCUCAGAGCUCCAGUACAACUCAGCCCUAAGGAAUGAUAGCAUGUCCUAUGCUGAACUGAAUGAAAUUCGUCAGACCAUCAUCGGUCACUUGGAGAACCCUGCUGAGGUGAUACCAUUAAUCAACAAACUAAGCUUUGCUCAGUGUUGCUACCUAUUGUCAGUCUAUCGGCUUGAAACAUUGCGUGUCACGCAUUCAGGUGAUGACUGCACGUUCCGUGGGAUGUUUGAGUACUUGGAAGACAAAGCUAUCUGGAAAGAUAAAGCUGGAAUGUGGCAGUGUCUGCUGGCAGUCUCCGAUCAAGUCUUCAAGAUCUUCAUUGAUAAAAUGGCAAAGAUGGAAAAGACGUCAGUUAGGGAGCAACGUCUUCAGAUUCACGCUCAGUUUCUUCUGAUGAAGUUCAACCAUGUCAUGAAGCAGAUCAGAAAAGUUGCCGAUAAAUUCUUAUCAAAGCUAGUCGACAAGUUUCCUUUUCUGUUAUGGAAUGGUACAGUAUUGUACACAAUGGUUGAUAUACUACAGUUACUGUCAAAAUCCUUGGACAGGAGCAACACACAAGAGGCUGUGGAGUUGGAUGUUCCCAAUAGUCCUUAUAAGCUUAUCGUCAUGGAUACAAGAGAAGCAAGAGAGACUAUCCUACAAGAUUUCUCUGCUCGUUGUGGAGGAAUUUUCCAGGAGGCUGUAAAGUGGGCGCCCUCUAUUACACGAUCUCUCCUGCAGCAAUACCUUAUAACGUUGGAGAACUCAGAUGGACUGUCACAACACAGCGGCUUAGAGUUGGCCACCGAGUCAGCAUUACAAUUUGCAGGGUCUAAUGUUAGUUCGUCCACAUUUGCUCCAGAUAAGCGCAUCAAUACAAAAGCAGAUUCAUCCAACUUUGUGUCUACAAUGAGUUUAAGAAGUCGCUUUGCCGGUGAGGUGGCUGGUAUGAAAGCUAUAUACUCAGAAGCAGGGCCAGGAGGCUUAACCCUUGCAAUGGUGCUGGACAACCAGCUGAAGAAGGUCAGUGCAAAGGGCCUAGAAGAGGGAUUCACGAACAGUAUGUUUAGAGUGUGCUCACUACUCAUAUCUACUAAUGAACUUGAUCGUGUGCUCCUUCACAGCCUGUGUUGGGAACCAGUCAAAGUAUUUACUGCUCAUGCUUUGGAGACCGCUGUUGCAUGCUGGGACUGGUUAUUGGCAGCUCGGCCAGACUUUGAGCUUCAGUUCCUACGAGAGAUGGCUGCAGCCUGGCAACUAACCAUUGAUCAGAAACUGGGCAUAUUUUCUGUGGAAGAAGAAUUGCCAAGUCCCCUAGCUUGCACAUCUACCGGUCCCCCGCCAAACAAACCCCCUAAUGUUGCCCCACAUCAGAUCUGGACACAUUUCCUGGUUCUUCAUUAUGAAAGCAUUCGCUACUCCAACAUUGAUGAAAUAGAGAUAUAUGCUAGGCUGUUAACAAAAUCACUCUCGCUUACUAUCGGUGGAUGCAAACAAGGGAUUAUGUCUCGGCAUGUGGCAACGCUAGGCCCACGUUUCCGUCUCUUAAAUUUGGGAAUGUGUCUACUUCAGGGAGAUACCUUGCUAACAAGUAUCUCCAAGAACGCCCUCAGGGAGCGUAUUUAUGCAACAGCCUUUGAUUACUUUAGUGUGCCACCUAUGUGUCCGACACAGUCGUCUUCAGAGUUGCGAGAUGAUAUUUUGGUACUGUUUAAGUUCUGGUCUUACAUGCAAGCAGAGAGGAAGCACUUGAGAGCAGGAGCUGUGCCCGGUGAAUUUGCAGACCAACUUGAGCUCAUCAUUAACACUAUCCUGAACAAUCUGUCUGGACCAGCAAAGGCAUUCUAUGAACGAGAAUUUGAAUUCUUUGGUAAAAUUACUGCAAUAUCGGGUGAAAUCAGACCAUUCCCUAAAGGGCAGGAGAGGAAGGAUGCGUGCCUGAAAGCCUUAGCACGUAUUGAACUGCAAUCCGGAUGCUACCUGCCAAGUAACCCUGAGGCUGUUGUCCUGGAGAUUGAUCAAAAAUCAGGAACACCGAUGCAGAGUGCUGCAAAAGCUCCAUUUUUAGCCAAGUUUACGGUACAGCAAUGUGGCGUACAAGAACUUGAGGAGAUUGGUAUGGAGGGGGAGAUAACUGAGGAUAAGAAGAAUGCCCAGCAGACCCAGGUACAAGCUGUUAUCUUCAAGGUGGGAGACGAUGUCAGACAGGAUAUGUUAGCACUACAAGUUAUUGGGUUGUUUAAGAAUAUCUUCAAGCAAGUCGGACUUGACCUUUAUCUGGUGCCCUACAAGGUUGUUGCAACAUCACCAGGGUGUGGUGUUAUCCAAUGUGUUCCAGAUUGCAAGUCACGUGAUCAGCUUGGACGGCAAACCGAUAUUGGCAUGUAUGAGUAUUUUAGGACCAAAUAUGGAGAUGAAAAAACACCAGCAUUUCAGAAGGCUCGUAAAAACUUUGUUCAAAGUAUGGUGGCCUACAGUAUCAUUGGCUUCCUCCUGCAGAUUAAGGACCGUCACAAUGGCAACAUCAUGCUGGACUCUGUCGGCCACAUUAUACACAUAGAUUUUGGUUUUAUGUUCGAGAGUUCACCGGGAGGCAACUUGGGCUGGGAAGCAGACAUAAAGCUGACUGAAGAGAUGUUGAUGAUCAUGGGUGGUAAGAUUGAGAGUGCCCCCUUUAAAUGGUUCAUGGAACUGUGUGUUCAAGCUUAUCUUGCUGUCAGACCGUAUCAAGAGGAGAUUGUAUCGCUUGUGGCUCUUAUGCUGGACACUGGCCUUCCUUGCUUCAGAGGUCAGACGAUCAAACUACUCAGAUCUAGAUUUUCUCCAAAUCUGAGUGAUAGAGAAGCAGCCAACUACAUUCUAAAGGUAGUCAAAGAUUCCACAGGCAAUGUUAGGACCCGAACAUAUGACAUGAUUCAGUAUUACCAGAACCAGAUUCCGUAUUGAAAUAUUCAACAAAAACAGCCAAUAAGUAGUCUGCUCAGAUCACCAUUACGAAGAGCUGACCAGUUGCUAACACCAGUACGGGUAGUGGACGACAAGUGCUGGUAGUCAUUGGUGUGAUAACUUAGUUAUCUUAGUAAUGUUUUAUCUUACAUAAAGCUUCUGUUACAUCAGUGCAGUAGUAUAGUAAAGUGCCAUUCAUUUGAUUGGAUGCCUUUGGUUGUAAGUUAAAUUUGAGGAAGAUACAUAACUUUUAAAGAGAGUGUGAAUGGUUAGGUCCUUGAUAAGAAGACAAAGAAUAGAUAUGCACCUGACUUAAUCCUGGCACCAUCCCUCACAGGAAUGAUAUUGAUAUCCCUUACAGGGUAGUAGUCACUGUCAUUCCCAGAAUAAUAUCUUGUCCCUGGAUGUGGAAAUGUGAGGUCCCUGGAAGAUAAAAUGUGGUGUCCCUGGAUUUAAAGUAUGAGAUCCCUGGUUUUAAGUAUGAGGUCCCUGGAUGUUAAGAUUUGAAAUCUCUGUGUGAUAGAAUGUGAGGUCUCUGAAUGUUAAAAUAUGAGAUCCCUGAAUAUUGAAAUACAAGCCCCUGGAUGCUAACAAUAUGAGGCCCCUCAGAUGCUGUCCCUGGAUGUUCCCCAGGGUAGUUUAGUUUCGCAUUAGGAUUACUGCAUGUUAUGUGCUGUAUAAGUUGCGAUAUUCCUUGAUUUCAAUAAUAUUUAUAUCACUUCCAGAAUAAAAUUUAUAAAUCUAGGUGCUAUGCUUUAGAGAUGUAGAAGCAUUUAGUUGCAGAUAACUCUUCCAUUAGAUUAAGACUGUACUUAAUAAUGUCACAAUUUUUUACAUGCAUUUAUAAAUUUUUAAUGUUAUUUUUUCCCCAGACUUUUUUCAAACUUUUAAGCAAUAUCAAAUUGUAAGUGAAUGGUUAAAGAAAGACUGCUAACAUGUGAUUUUUGUAAUAAUUCCAUUUGGGCCAAUAUAUUUAAUGACCAAUUACUUCUUUACUUUAAAUUCUGUUUAUGGGUUAGAAGAAAUUAUAGUGUAGCAAAAUCUACCUUUGCAACCAUUAGGAUAUGUAUGUU